GUAUAGCCCACAUUGGUAAAUAAAAUCAUACCCAUUUCUUCUACUUACAACAAACCAAUUGUAAUUGCUAUUACACAUGGAACCCGCACAAGUUAAACAAGCUCAUAAGCUUCUCACAGCAAUUUUGUUGCUCUCAUUUGCUAAUUUUGGAUUCUCUUUCCCUUCACAACCUCAAGCCAGCAGAAAAUGGCACAUGACUUCAGAUGUUAAAGAAGUAUCAGGGAAAUCCUAUGACUACAUCAUAGUUGGUGGAGGAACAUGUGGAUGUCCAUUGGCUGCAACACUGUCCCAAAAUUUCUCAGUUCUACUCAUAGAAAGAGGUGGUUCACCAUAUGGGAAUCCCUAUGUAACUGAAAGAAGGUUCUAUGGAUUUCCACUGAUUCAAACAGACAAAUACAUGUCAGUGGCACAGUUCUUCACAUCACAAGAUGGGGUUGCGAAUGUGAGAGGAAGAGUUCUUGGUGGUUCUUCAGCUAUAAAUGGAGGGUUUUACAGCAGGGCAAGUGAUGAGUUUGUUGGAAAAGCUGGUUGGGACAAGAAAAUGGUUAAGGAAGCUUAUGAGUGGGUUGAAUCCAAGGUUGUUUUCCCACCUUUUUUUCUUAGUCCUUGGCAAUCUGUGGCAGAGUUUAGCCUCCUUGAAUCUGGGGUUUUGCCGUACAAUGGGUAUAGUUUGGAACAUGUGAAGGGGACAAAGAUUUCUGGGAGUGUGUUUGAUGCAUUUGGAAAGAGGCAUACCUCUGCUGAUCUUUUAGAUGCUGGGAACCACAAGUCCCUCACUGUUCUUGUGAAUGCCACAGUCAAGAGCAUCAUCUUUGAUCACAAUGGAACCAAGAAUGAAACAAGAGCCAAGGGCAUAAGGUUCAUCGAGAGCCAUGGCAGCUUGGAACAAACCCAUGAAGCAUACAUCAAGAAACACAAGAAUUCAAGAGGUGAUGUAAUAUUGGCAGCAGGUGCAUUAGGUAGCCCCCAAUUACUAUUGCUAAGUGGCAUAGGACCAAAAGAGCAACUCAAAAAGUUCCACAUUCCAUUAGUUCUUGACAUGAAAAAUGUUGGGAAAGGAAUGCAAGACAAUCCAUGCAUAGCAGUAUUGGUUGAUUCGAAGCCGCAGAACAGAAUACCUGAUCCACCACAAGUUGCUGGCAUAACAAGUGACUUAAAGAUUAUAAUUGAAGCAGCAAUAUUACCCUUGAGUUCUAAUUCAACAAGGGUCAAUGUUGCUGCAAAGAUAGCAUUCCCUUCCUCAAAAGGGUUUCUUGAACUGAGCAACACAGACCCAAGAUUGAACCCUACAGUGAGAUUCAACUAUCUAGCAAGUGAAGAUGACAUGGAAGAAUGUGUCAACAUGACUCAACUACUUAACAAGAUUGCAAGGUCGAAAUCCAUCGCGUUCUUCCUUGGCGAAUCGAGCCAGAACAAAUUGGCAUCCGCCGAGGAUGAUAUGAGAAAAUUCUGCAAGAAGAAUGUUAGAACGAUUUAUCACUAUCAUGGGGGUUCCCUUAUUGGAUCAGUGGUUGAUAAGGAUUAUAGAGUUUAUGGUGUGAAGGGUUUGAGGGUGUUGGAUGGGUCAACCUUUUCAGAGUCACCAGGGACAAACCCAAUGGCUACACUGCUUAUGCUUGGAAGAUACCAAGGGAUCAAGAUUCUGAGAGAAAGGGAAGGGAUCAAGUGAUUCAAAACAAAUUAUUAUUCUUGUUAACAUGUUUUGCAAAAAUCAAUGUGUGUAAACAAAUAAAGUCAGCAUAUAGGAGCCUAACAAAGUCUACUUUUCUUUUUCUGGGAAGUUUAAUGGAAAAAAAAAAAAUGCACUUUGCAAAUCACAAUUUUA